AUGUCCUCCACGACAUCUUCGUCCUCAUCGUCCGGCUCGAGGAGGGCGCCGCUGCACGAGAGAUCAAACUCGGAGAAGAACAAGUUGGCGGCCAUCCGAGUAGUCCCGUACUCUCCUCCUCGGCCGGAAAGGGAAUCUGCAGGGAGCUCCCAUGGAACUUUUGCGGAACACGGGCACGGUGACGGCCAUGCGACUAGCGAGGACCCAGCGAUCUCCAGUCCGACGAGGAAAAAAGCCUCUCUGGCCCACGAUGGCCAUCAUACUGGUUAUCCCAGCUCGCCGCUGUCUUCGCCCACCUCUUUUUCUUCUUCGACAUCUUCAUUGGCAAGGGGUCACAGCAGAGGCGUUUCAGGCACGAAACUCGGCGCAGACUUGUCUGGUGCAGGACCCUCCACUACCACCCCUGCUCAUACUAGGUCGUCGUAUGGGAGCAAUAUGAGCGGUUCUAAUGCAUCCGCGAAUCUGUUCAAUGAUGGGCCAACCUCACCACUCUCCAAAAAGACACCCAAGUCGAGGCGUCAAAACGUCAUUUCGGUGCAUCCCGACAAGACCUUCUCAGUUGUACUAAAGCCGACUUCGAAGCGAAUAUCCGACACAGAAUCGAGCAUUAGGUCCCCUCCGGUCUCAAAUUACUCGACCGUCAGCUCGCAUGAAGCCGUCUCAUUUGACGCAACCGACGACGAUCGGCCCAGCUCUGCAUUAAGCUCCCAGCCCGACCGCAGCGUGUCCCCCUACACACCCGGUACGGCAACACCUGGUUCGGUCGCCUCGACGGAAGCUGUCGAAGAUCCGUUCACCUCAUCACCCUGGAAUUACCGCAUGGUGGGUGGUCUGCGCAAGGUUGCAAAGACACCUGAUCCGCGUGACAAGGGAAAAGACCGAGCAGUGGUUGACCACUCUGGCCCGUCUUCAGCGCUGCCCACGUUGCAGGAGGUACCUUCGUCACCACCACAGCCGGAACCCACCUCGCCAUUGGGAAUAAAGAAGGCUUCCUUCAGCUCAGAAACCUCUGAACAGACAGAUUCCUCCGAACAGACCGAGUCCACGAUCGAAGACACCGCCAACUACAAAGUCAUCGACCGCAGUUCUCCGCCGGCGACCGAUUCCGACAGCAAUCCUGAGGCUUCAUCCGGCAGCGAGGCCAACUAUAGGGUAAUUGGCCAGUCGUCACCACCUGAGCCUUCCAGCCCAUCACAGCAGCAGGCCGUGCUAGACACACCUGGAAGCAGGAAUUUCAUCGUCCACGCAGGCACUUCACCUGCCACAUCAUCAGUGCCGACUACCGUCCGAAGACCGAGACCACAAUUUUCCGAUGAUAGUCUUUUCCUGAGGGGGAAGUAUUCGCAAGAGAGCCUGGUGGUCCCACCACUCAACCCGGUUCGGAGGAAGUCUUCGGACGAACGUUUCGGUUAUUUCAAGCAGAGAUCUCGGGAAUCACUCCGGCGGGCGCAUUCCUUCUCGUCGAUAUCGAGUGUAAUUAGCCAGGACACCGGAUCGAUAUUCAACGGCAGCACCCCGAACAUUGUUCUUCUGGCGAGGACCCCCUCGGCUUCGUCUCUGCAGCAGCAGCAACAGCAGCAACAACCUUCAUGGGCACCGCCGCUCAACCCCAUUGCUCCGAGGCGGCUGAUGGACCCCAACUCCCACGUAUGGAGUUCCCAGCUUUCGACGGUCAUGUCUGAAGAUGAAGGGAGCGACAGGAACUCCCGCCAAUUGUCCAUGUCCUCGGGUUCGGGGCCGGACUACCGCAGCAUGCGGUCCGGCAGCAGGCACAGCAGGCAGAUGCUGAGUAUAUCGUCAUCUUUGGCUGGUGCAGAGGAGUUGUCGAUCGAAUCGCCGCGCUCUCAUUCGAGAUCCAACUCGCGGGGAGACUCGGGCAACUUUAUGAUGCGUAGUGCUCGGGAGCUUCCUCAGCCCCCAGCCCGCACGGUCCGCGAUGUCGAUGAACAUGGUGACGGACUGGCUGACCUGCAUGAAUUGCACCACAAGGGCUCACGGCCGCGCCUUGCCCACCUGCUCACACACAAGUCGUCGGAUAGAGACUUGCACUCCUCGGCUAGCUCGCGGGCCGGAAGCUUUUCGUCGACUACGCUUCCGGUAUGGGCAAAGAUAUACUAUGGAAGCGGUGAGCGAAAAUGGCUUGCGGCGCCCUCGAUAAGGUCGUACACGGACGACAGCCGACCCGAGAGCUCCUUUGGGCACUCGGGCUCGCCAACCACCGAGCAGUUCCCACCCAACAUCUUUAGCCCCCGUCGCCGGCCCCGGGAAGUUCACCCGGACGAUCGGCCCGUUUCGCACGAGGUUUCGACAUCGCGCCUGUCCGGAGUGCGACUCGGCGUGCGUAAGAUGACCUCAAGCAUCUGGUCGCCGCAUUUGGCACCCGAUCGCCGGGCAAGCCGCCUGUCCAUCUGGCAGCCACCGUCGAUGACCUGGUCAGCAGACAAGGGUGCCUUUGGGCGGCGCAACGUGCAGAUCCUGUUCUUUGCCGUCGGCUUCGUCUUCCCCUUUGCGUGGAUGAUCGCGGCGUUCCUGCCGUUGCCGCCAAAGCCCGCGCUUGGCUUCCCGGAGCGCGACCACAGCACGACCCAGUUCAGGAUCCCCGAGAAGCCCGAGCCGUUUGCGCGACAGCUUCGCCCCGUGGACGACUUCAAGUACCAGAGCGCUAAAUGGUGGCGCAACGUGAACCGGGCCAUGAGCAUCAUUGGAUUGCUUGUCGUUGGUGCCAUUGUUGCGCUUGCCAUUGUUGGAUUUUGGCAGGGAAUGAAGAAGCAAUGA